AUGGCGCUGUUGCCGGAGGAGCGACCCCUCACGCCUUCAGCUCUCAUAGAGGACGUCCAGCUGCUCUUCUACCCUCUUCAGCUGGCCACCGACGCCGGCCUCAUCUUCAGAGACUUUCUCAGCAUGUCUAACAAGCUCUGGAGACAAUUUUCACCCAACAAGCUCAAGUCGGGCUACCGGAUCGUGCCGAUCAACCUGCGCCCGCGGAGUCGCGGACGGGUGCUCCUGCGCUCCCGGAAUCCGUUCCAGGACCCAGCCAUAAGGCUCAACCUGUUCGACGACCUGAAGGACCUGGCCGUGCUCAGAGAGGCGGCGAAGAUGACCGAACAGGUGGCGCUUUCUCCUCCGUUCCGCCGCGUCGGAGGCCGACCGAGCCGCGUGCGCAGCCCCUUCUGCGGCUCGCUGCCCGCCCGCUCCGACCCCUGGUGGGAGUGUCAGGCGCGGGUCUUCUCCGAGACCAUUUACCACGACACCAGCACGUGUGCCAUGGGACCGCCGCACGACCACUACGCCGUGGUGGAUAACCAGCUCAGGGUGUACGGCAUCGCGGGCCUGCGCGUGGUCGACGCCUCGGUGAUGCCCCGAAUCCCGUCGGGUAACACCAACGCACCCACCAUCAUGAUCGCCGAGAAGGCCGCCGACCUGGUCAAGGCCUACUGGCACGCCGUGGACAUGGGCCUGGAUCCAGCCACGUACGUGGAGCGGCACGUGCUGCACCCGCGCCGACGCGGCGGCCGGCUCUACGACUACACAGAACACGUGGGCCACGCAGACGCACACGUGACAGAGUCGAGCGAAGACCGGGCGACCACAAAGCCGAGAGAAGAGCCGAGCCAAGGCAGGGCGGCGGCUGAACAGAGGUUUUCAGUGGGGGGAGAUGGAGCAGUGUCCGGAGGGAGGACCGGACGCUCUGAGGACCGUCCACUCCUUCCUCCUCAGAGGACGGCUUCUUUCUCUUCGGAGGACGGCGUGGCUUCGGUCCUGGAUGGGCUGCCCUCAGAGUUUGGAGGACAGUCUGGUAGAGACAGUGCGGUAUUGGUAAAGAUUGAUGGACCUGCGAUAUCGGAGGAUAAACCGUCUUUUAAGAGAGAUAGAUCCCCUGCACGAGAUUAUGAGGUGUUCACCGAGGAGGACGCACAGGCUCCAACACUGCGACAACCAUCACCUGCAGAAGACGGCCUUUCCUUUGCCGGGAUGUAAACCGUCACCCAUCAAAGAAAACCCUUCACAUUCUGAAGGAACACCUUCACCCUGUGAAGGUAAAGCUUCACCCGUGAAAGACGCAGCGCCACAGAUACGGGGCGAAGAAUCAGCGGCCUCAGAUGCUGCACCAAGGAGAUGGGAGGUCUCCGAUAGCUGGCUGACGGAGACCGAUCUGGCGCGGUACAGUCAGGACAAGCGCCAGCUGGUGGACAUGAUGAGUGUAGCUCGAGACAAACUGGGGCGCCUGGCGCGUGUGCUCACCGCCGGUGCCUUCACGCAAUAAGAGCUCGGACGUGUGACGAGAAAGUGCUUGGUUGCCAUUUAUCUAGUGACGUUGUGAAUGGUGAUGUCCUUAUGCACGUAGGCGAACACGCGUGCGUGUACGCGCGUCUCACUCCACACGUGCUUACACGUGCCGAUGUCGCACGUGCCUGUGUAGGCGUGUUUGUUGCAGGCAGUGCACGUCGGCAGGGGUCAUUUUCAUCAUCAUAGUGACAAAACAUAGAAGUCAUCAGAAUCAUCUGCCCCGUCGGGAUGGACAGCAGGUGACGUGUAGAAGUAAGCUCUGUGAGUGUUGUGUAAUUGACUCCAUCUGGACUCGAUUUGGCCACACAUAUGAGACUGCGGAAACUUAGGAUAGAGUCGAAUGAACGACAUAUAUCAGAAUGUCAGCAUCGUGAUAUUCAUGCGGUUUAAGUAAGCUGGAGCAGAGAAUAGGAUGUGUGCUAAAUACGUUAAACGAUUGCUGGAAACACGCCACCAUGUGAUCCGCUAUAACGGACCUAGUCUUAUCAGUACCUUCAGCUGACUUGGACUAGGAUAUUUUUACAGCUAGUGUGGUCUCCCAUCAGCGUGGCAUCAGCAGAGCAUGUGUAAAUACCGCAUCGUGGGUGGUCUUACACGUGUUUAGUGGGGAUUCAAAUGAUUAUCAAGAUAGUUAUUUCCUUGUCCACUUAACCGUUAGUUGCUCCCGUUGUUAACUGGGAACUGUCUGACGUGGCUGCGUUCAGCAUGUAAAAGUUCAUAGGCAGUGUAGCAUAGCUGGCCCCUCUAAUCCUUUGAACGUCUACCACCAUAUACAAGCAAACCGGUCAGGACAUCUAUCCACUGUAACCAUAAUAAUAGCAAACCGGUCAGGACAUCUAUCACUGUAACCAUAAUAAUAGCAAACCGGUCAGGACAUCUAUCACUGUAACCAUAAUAAUAGCAAACCGGUCAGGACAUCUAUCACUGUAACCAUAAUAAUUCUGCUCUGCUCACAAAAUCGAUGACAAAAUAUGCAAUAGCCGGGUAUCCAAAAAACGUAGGCACAUGUCAACAGCAGUGUUCUUGGGCUGGCAUGUAUAUUCCAAAAAUCUGGAGACUAAAGACCUUUUAAUGACAAACAACCCAAUGGUGACAUGUGUUAGCGACGGCUCACUUUGCAUCUCACAGGCGAGGGAUCAUAAGAUCAUAUACCACGCGACCAUUGUACAAGUCUUACCCGCCAAAUGCUCACACAAAAUAUUGAAAUUCUAGCAGCACACGACACAAGAAAACCCAGCAUCCUGAAAGCGAUACUAACUCACGACCACGCAUCAGUACUAAACAGGCAAAUCAAUCAGGCCUUUAACUUAUCUCUUUGGAGCCACACUUAAAAUAAAUUACACCGACAAGGAACAUGACGCUGCCCCGGACAAUGGGUCUGACCUAAUGAAAUGUAGCGGCGUGAAGUGUUAUUUUGGAUGUCAUAUAUCGCAGCGGACCUUAUCGGCUGGUGCAAAGUCAGAAUGACAGUGAUAAUGAUCCCAUGAUAGGUAGCGUAUAGCUCGCAUGCUCGUGCUUUAUGUUGUGGUUUUAAGAGUGCCAGUCGCUGACAUCAGCCGAAGAAUUGAUUUUAAGAAUGUGUAACGAUGUAUACGAGACGUUGAAUAGCAAGAAUAUACGUG